AUGGCUGCGGCCAUUGCCGCUGCCCUGCAGCAAAGCGUGUCGCGCAUCACCGCACUGUCCGAUAGCCGCCUCAAGGAGGAUGGACCUGAAGCUUUCGAAGCCUUCCGUCGAGCUGUAACGCAGGCUGCGCGCGGGAGGGAGGCACCACCAAAGCAGCUGCUGGGUGGCUUAGAUGACAAGGAAGCAGUGCUGCGCUUCCUCGUGAGCUUUCAUGAGGUGAAGAGGACCCAUCGCAGGCAGAUCGUCGCUGUGAUGACAGUCCUGAUGCACGAAAAGCCUUGGCACCGCGCGCUCUGCCAAGCUGAAGGCCUUCGCACGCGACUUCCGGAAGACCUCGAAGCUUGCGUGGCAGAGGUCCCGGAAGAUGAGCAGAGUGCGGAGGAAGCCGACGAGGAGCAGUCGGAGGAGCCUGGCCUCAGCGAGGAAGCCCCAAAAGCUCGUCGCUCGUCCAGGGUGGUCCGUUCCGUGGGGUCGCUGGCCGAAGCAACGGCCAAGCUUCAGCAACUAGGCUUCUGUGCCGUGGACACGGAUGCUGCAAUCGAUGCCUUCGGAGUGCUGAACCGAUCGGUACUCUGGGUUGUGCAGAGUCCCGAGACAGAGGAUGAUGAGGUGCUUUCGGGCUUGGAGGAGAAGGAGAAAGUCCUCGAGUUUCUGGCAGACUUCCACGACCGGAAACCGAAGCACCGGGCACGCGUGACUGGCCUCUGCGUUCGGCUGAUGGAGUACGAGACUUGGCGAGAGGCUGUGCUGGCAACAAGCCCCUCCGUCGCGGCGACCAUCAGUGGAAUGACAGGGCUGCUUGUGACGACACCCGAGGCGGUUGCGGUGAAUCUCGCCACGGCCGCCGAAGUCGCAGCUUCACGUGGCGCUCUCGGUGCCGUUUACAUUCGGAUUGUCCGCGCGAAAAAGCUGCCGACCACGAGUGCCCAGCAUCCGACCCCGUUUGUGAGGGUCACCGUCGGUGAUCGGGCGCAGCGCACGGAGAGCUGCGACGAGGCGCUCAACCCUCGAUGGGAAGCAUCUCCCUUCGUCUUCGAGGUCUCCUCCAAGAAGAUGGACCUGCUCCUCGAAGUUCAAAGCAGCGAUGUCACCGGGGAUGAGACCUUCGGCACUGUCCGGAUACCGAUCUCCGAGGUCGCCGUAGGUGCUCCGAAACUGUCUUCAGCGGCCUUGAGCCCAGGGGGUGGGGAGUUGGAGUACGAGGCCCUCUUCCAGCCCGUCGAAGAUGUGGCUUCAGCCUCGCCAACGCAUCCGAUCCCGGGCGACGGGGGCUACAAGCGCAGCACUCUUGGCACGCAGUCCGUUGUGGCUGGGCUCACUGCAGCUAUCUGGGACAUGGACAAAGCCCAUGUCGAAGAUGCCUCCAGCUGGAUUGUGUCUAGGGCCGGCGAGGGUUCCUUCCUGGUGCAGGCGAAGAAAGGUUUGGUCUGUCCCGCAGGCCAUCCCAUAGACAAGCGUAAAGAAGGAAUGUCUUGGCGCCAGAGUCUCCUCCACGGUGACACGAAAGACUGUGACUUCUGCCAUCGUGAGAUUCAGCGCACGGAGACCCGAUGGCGGUGCUUCCAUCACUGUGACUUCAACGUCUGUGAGUCUUGUUACGCAGCCAACAAAAGCUCGGCUACCGAGAAUUGA